AGGUCCCACAGUUGACAGUGAAUGUCAGAGCAAAAACCAAGCCAUGAGGUCGAAGGAAUUGUCUGUAGAGUUCCGAGUCAGGAUUUUGUCGAGGCACAGACCCAGUACGUCAUGUGUUUCAGUCAAACCAACAUGCAGUGUACCCAGUACGUCAUGUUUCAGUCAAACCAACAUACAGUAUACCCAGUACGUCAUGUGUUUCAGUCAAACCAACAUACAGUAUACCCAGUACGUCAUGUGUUUCAGUCAAACCAACAUACAGUGUACCCAGUACGUCAUGUGUUUCAGUCAAACCAACAUGCAGUGUACCCAGUACGUCAUGUUUCAGUCAAACCAACAUACAGUAUACCCAGUACGUCAUGUGUUUCAGUCAAACCAACAUACAGUAUACCCAGUACGUCAUGUGUUUCAGUCAAACCAACAUGCAGUGUACCCAGUACGUCAUGUGUUUCAGUCAAACCAACAUACAGUAUACCCAGUACGUCAUGUUUCAGUCAAACCCAACAUGCAGUAUACCCAGUACGUCAUGUGUUUCAGUCAAACCAACAUACAGUAUACCCAGUACGUCAUGUUUCAGUCAAACCAACAUACAGUGUACCCAGUACGUCAUGUGUUUCAGUCAAACCAACAUACAGUAUACCCAGUACGUCAUGUUUCAGUCAAACCAACAUACAGUAUACCCAGUACGUCAUGUGUUUCAGUCAAACCAACAUCUAGUGUACCCAGUACGUCAUGUUUCAGUCAAACCAACAUACAGUAUACCCAGUACGUCAUGUGUUUCAGUCAAACCAACAUACAGUAUACCCAGUACGUCAUGUGUUUCAGUCAAACCAACAUACAGUAUACCCAGUACGUCAUGUGUUUCAGUCAAACCAACAUACAGUAUACCCAGUACGUCAUGUGUUUCAGUCAAACCAACAUACAGUAUACCCAGUACGUCAUGUGUUUCAGUCAAACCAACAUACAGUAUACCCAGUACGUCAUGUGUUUCAGUCAAACCAACAUACAGUAUACCCAGUACGUCAUGUGUUUCAGUCAAACCAACAUACAGUAUACCCAGUACGUCAUGUGUUUCAGUCAAACCAACAUACAGUAUACCCAGUACGUCAUGUGUUUCAGUCAAACCAACAUGCAGUGUACCCAGUACGUCAUGUGUUUCAGUCAAACCAACAUACAGUAUACCCAGUACGUCAUGUGUUUCAGUCAAACCAACAUACAGUAUACCCAGUACGUCAUGUUUCAGUCAAACCAACAUGCAGUAUACCCAGUACGUCAUGUGUUUCAGUCAAACCAACAUACAGUAUACCCAGUACGUCAUGUGUUUCAGUCAAACCCAACAUACAGUAUACCCAGUACGUCAUGUGUUUCAGUCAAACCAACAUACAGUAUACCCAGUACGUCAUGUGUUUCAGUCAAACCAACAUACAGUAUACCCAGUACGUCAUGUGUUUCAGUCAAACCAACAUACAGUAUACCCAGUACGUCAUGUGUUUCAGUCAAACCAAACAUACAGUAUACCCAGUGUGUUUUCAAGUGUCCGGUUAUCACACAGUCUGCCUUACCCGUGGUGGAGAGAUACAGAGAGGGAGGUAGAAAUGUACCCUGAGGGUCAUGGUGUGGUCCAGAGUCGGCGGUGUGCGACCACGACUAGACCACUGUUGUCCUGUUUUUCUAUGUCUCCUAAGUUGUCUUGUC